GGCAGACGACGUGAACAGAAAUCGCUAGCAAGGCAUUCCAAUGCAUGGACUUAGUGCUACGUGUGGCCACCUGCUAUUUUAUUAGGAUAGAAGCGUUGCAGGAUAUGACUGCCACAUGAUGAAGUUGAAAGUGCGUUUAGUUAUCUUUGCUUGUGCUGCGUUCAUGCUGUUUGUGUCCUUCAAGAUAUUGGAACCAGAGAUAAGGAGACAACGAAAGGAUAGUGAUAAUUCUCUGAUCGAUGGAGGUGUAGUGCCCCUUGAGAUGGUGAUUAAAAGCCAGGUGGAGGAGUACAAAGUUGACUGGAAAUAUUCAUUGGGUGGACAGUCUCCAUGGACAAUUGCAGCCAAGUGGAUAGACAAUAGGCAUAUACAUCCAGAAAAGGUUCCAGAAUUAGGAGCAGUCUUGAGAGAACUUGCAACCAGACCAAUAAUUGCUGCUGAUGUUGGUGUCAAAGGAACACAACUUAAGCUGUCUCUAACUUUAAAAGGAGGUCAAAUUGUGGCUUUUAAACCAGAAUGGUAUGCAAGACACGAUAUUAUCAAUGGGACACCCUAUGCUGGAAGAGAUCGCCACAAUGCAGAAAUAGCUGCUUUCCAUCUUGGAAGAGUGUUACAAUUCCGACGCACCCCUCUGGCUGUGGGAAGAAGGGUGAACCUCAAGACUGAGAUCUUGCCGGUAGCAACGCCAGAACUUAAGGCAACAUUCUUCACCAAAGGUGACAACAACUGUUUCUAUGGCAAGUGCUUGUACUGCAAGGGUCCAGAUGACGGAGUAUGUGCAAAAGGUCAAAUAUUAGAAGGUACUAUAGUCAUGUGGCUGCCAAGCGAGUGGACUCUUAAAACAGUGCGACAUCCAUGGUCUCGUACUUACACAAAAAAACGCAUAGCAAAAUGGGAGACCGACUCUGACUACUGCAGUAAGGUCCAGAUGGUGAAGAUGUACAGCUCUGGCACCUUCCUCCUCGAUCUCAUUGACACAGCAAUAUUUGACUACCUCAUAGGCAAUGCUGAUCGCCACCAUUAUGAACACUUCAGCCGCAGCAAAGAAAACAUGGUGCUUAUUCUCGACAAUGCCAAAAGCUUUGGGGAUCCUGAUGCGGAUGAAAGGUCAAUUUUGGCUCCACUCUAUCAGUGCUGCAAAUUCCGCUUCAGCACAUGGCAGCGUCUUCUAGCACUCCAAGAUAGUGUCCUCAGUGGUGUAAUGAAGGAAAUUCUGGCCCAGGACCCAGUUUCUCCCAUCUUGACUGAGAGGCAUCUCAAGGCCAUGGACAGAAGACUUCAGAAUAUACUCUUGGAAAUGGAAAAAUGUAUAGCUAAGAAUGGGAUGAAUGGGAUUGUAAUGGACCACUCCUAUCAUUGAUAGGUUGUCUCCCUUGAUGUAUGUAUGUGCAGUCUCAUGUUUCAUGAUAUGUCAUCCGAAUAAUGUUUAAGUUUGAUAUUCAGGGUUAGGGGUCACAAGGGAUUUUUGAAAAAAUUGUAAGAAGUUGUUAUCCCCAAAUACUGAAAAAGUAAUUUGGUGAGGUUUUGCAGCAAUAACGUGUAACUCUGGUAAACUGGUUGUCUUGAAAGUAAUUUGAUGUAAUUUACUGUAUAUUACCGUAGAUAAGCCAAAUUUUGAGGACCAAAACAAGCAGUUUGUAGAAGGGGUCGGCUUAUCUACAGGUUACACUUUCGUCAAACGUUUUUUCAGGGGGUAAGAAAACGACGUAUCGCUUUGCAUGAACAAAAUAUGUAUUCGUAUCCAUUUUCUGUCAACCGUGAAGGUCCGGGUUAGAAAUGAUCUUCAGUAACCCAUGCUUGUCAUAAG